UUGGUGUAUAUGACUAUGACUUACAAUUAUAUAUCUAUAUAUAGAGGGGAGUUUUCUUCAACCUUCAAUGUUUUAGCCCUUCUUAAGUUCAAUUCACAUUUGCCCAUAAAAAAAUCUUCAACAACUUUCAUUUUCUAUCUCAAAGGAAAAUUGUUUUUAUUUUUUAUGGCGGUGAAGACGAAUGGAUUUGUAGAAGGUAGUUUGUCUGAUGAAUUGAUGAACCUGCUAUUAAAUUUGGCUUCAGAAUGGGGAGAUGUGUUUGAUUCAAGUAAUUUGAAGGUGAUUCAUUUGAGUGGUGCCAUGACUAAUGAAAUUUAUCAAAUAAGCUGGCCAACAAAAAUGGAAAAUUUGCCAAGAACAGUUUUGAUUAGAAUUUAUGGCGAAGGGGUCGAGCUUUUCUUCGACCGGGAUGAGGAAAUUCGCACUUUUAAAUGUAUGUCGACUCAUGGUCAUGGACCUAAGCUUCUUGGUCAAUUUAAGGAGGGGCGAGUCGAGGAGUUCAUUCAUGCCAGGACUCUAUCAGCUUCUGACCUUCGUGACCCAGAAAUUUCCGCUCUGAUAGCUGCAAAAAUGAAGGAAUUUCAUUAUCUUGAUAUGCCGGGAUCAAAGAAUGUAGUCUUGUGGGACAGAAUGAGAAAUUGGCUUAGCGAGGCCAAGAGUUUGUGCUCCCUGGAACAUGUGAAGGAAUUUCACUUGGAUAAAUUAGGAACGGAGAUUGACUCAUUGGAAAAGGCAUUAUCAGGUCACCACCAACAAAUUGGUUUUUGCCACAAUGAUCUGCAAUAUGGUAACAUAAUGAUUGAUGACAAGGCAAAAUCCAUCACUCUAAUUGAUUAUGAGUAUGCUAGUUACAAUCCUAUUGCUUAUGAUCUUGCCAAUCACUUCUGUGAGAUGGCAGCAAAUUAUCACACUGAGAAGCCUCAUAUCUUGGAUUAUAGCAAAUACCCCGAUCAAGAGGAGCGUCUAAGAUUCAUACAUAAAUAUCUCGGAUCUACAGGCCAUCAAUCCAGUGACGCUGAAGCAAAGCAGCUCGCAGACGAUAUAGAGAAGUUCACUCUGGCAAACCAUAUCUUCUGGGGAUUGUGGGGGUUAAUCUCGGCAUAUGUGAAUCAUAUUGACUUUGAUUAUAUGGAAUAUGCAAGGCAAAGGUUUCAGCAGUACUGGCUGAGAGAUCCUGAAAUCUUGAACAAUUGAAGAGACUUCCAACUCCCUGGAUGGUGUUAACGUUUGUUCAGGAAAAAAAAAAAAUGAAAAAAAGAAGAAAAACAGAGGGCAACGGUGAUACCCAAAUUAUGUAUAGAAAUUUAAUUUUCUUCCUGUAACAAUGUUCGGUAGUGUGUUUCUUACAUUGAUGAAAUGUGUAGACUAGAUGAAGCCCUAUUGAAUGAAAUGGGAAUCUUGUUUACCUGGUGAGUUUUUUAAUGAUUCUAUUCUCUAGAUAAUUUGCAAUGAACCUUUAUUCAUAAA